AUGUAUGACACAUCUAAAGAUGCUUGCAAUGCUUUAGGACUCCUUGAAAAUGAUAUGGAGUGGCAUGAAGCAAUCAAGGAGAAUUCUCAUCAUGCUACAGCGUCACAACUGCGUCUAUUAUUUGUACAUAUAUUGGUCAACUCUGAGGUUAGUCAACCAUCAAAGUUAUGGUACGAUCAUAUCAAUGACUUUACCGAUGACAUAAUUUGGAUGCGUCGACAUGUGCUAAAAGAUAGUGAGCUAUUACUACCAGAAGAUGAAAUACAAUGGUGGGCGUUGGCAGACCUUGAAAGGAACUUCAAUUGUAUAGGAAAAUCUUUACGAAACUAUCCAGAUAUGCCAUUUCCACCUGAUCAGUAUUUGUGUGGCAUUUCAAACACUCUCAUUGCAGAAGAAAGAAACUAUGAUAUACCUGCCAUGACAGUGGAGCACAAAAACUUGCAUUCAAAUCUUAAUGCAGAUCAGAUGGCUAUUUACAAUGCUUGGGGGUGUGGUAAAACCUUCCUGUGGCGGACAAUCAUUGCAAGACUAAGGACAGAAAGAGAGAUUGCGUUGCCUGUCGCAUCGUCCGGCAUUGCAGCGGUACUAUUGCCAGGUGGACGCACGGCCCAUUCAAGAUUUAGGAUACCACUAGACGUAGAUGAUCAGUCAAGUUGUGGAAUAAAAAUGGGUACAGAUAUAUCUGAGCUGUUGCAAAAUACGGAUCUCAUAAUUUGGGACGAGGCCCCGAUGGUUAAAAAAUAUGCAUUUGAAGCCGUCGAUCGCUCUUUAAGAGAUAUAAUGGGUUGUGUCUCAUCGGAAAACAGAUUGAAGCCUUUCGGUGGAAUUACUGUAGCAUUUGGCGGAGGCUUUGGACAAAUAUUACCUGUUGUUGAGAAAGGAGAUAGACAAGAUAUUGUUUCUGCUUGCAUUAACAGGUCAUAUCUCUGGGAUUCAAUCACGGUCUUCACACUAAAGCAGAAUAUGAGGUUGCAUACAGGUAACUCUGAUGAUCUUAAUAACGUUAUUGAUUCAUUCAAUAAAUGGAUAUUAGAUGUUGGUGAUGGUGAAAAUUCCUUUGUUAGUGAAGAUGACCCGAAUAGAGAUCCUGAAAUUCUAAUUCCUGACCAGUUUAUCAUACCACACACCGGAAAUCCUUUAUCAAAUAUUGUUCAGGUUGUAUAUCCUGACAUAGAAUUAAAUUAUAAAGAACAUCAAUAUCUCAAGGACAGAGCAAUUCUUUCUCCAACCAACAAAAUAGUAGAUGAAAUUAAGAGUCAUGUCUUGGAGCGUAUACCUGGAGAGGAACAUGUCUAUUUAAGUGUUAAUACUAUUGAUGAAGGGCCAGUGAAUGAGGAUGCACAACAUUCAGCUUUUCCUGAAGAAUUUCUAAAUUCAAUCGACAUGCCAGGAUUCCCAAAGCAUGAACUCAGAUUGAAAAUCGGUGUUGUUGUCAUGUUAACGAGAAAUGUUAAUCAUGUUCUUGGAUUGUGCAACAGCACACGAAUGAUUGUUAAAAGACUACUCAGGUGGACAGUUGAAUGCGAGAUAAUAACAGGAAGCCAUGCGGGAACUACCCAUAUUAUCCCAAGAUUUUCCACCACACGAUGCGAGACCAACUCAAAAUGGCCAGUAAAUUUUAAGAGAAAACAAUAUCCAUUUCAAAUUUGUUUUGCAAUGACAAUCAAUAAAAGCCAAGGGCAGUGGAUGGAGAAAGUUGGACUCUAUCUUCCAAGCCCUGCUUUUGGUCAUGGUCAAGUCUACGUUGCUGUCUCACGAGUAACUUCUCCGACCGGUUUGCAUAUCUUACUAGAAGAUGGGAAUGGAAAGCAGGAAAAAACCACAAAAAAUAUAGUUUAUGAAGAAGUUUUCUACAACUUGCCAAAAAUCUGA